AUGUCCAAGGUUCUUGUCAUGACACAGGGCCCCCCUCAUCCCAUUUCUCAUCCCCAGAAGCUCAUGGAACAGGGACCAUCAUUCUUCCUCGCCAAUUGGCUGGCCAAAGUCAUGGCAUCCUGGGAGUUAAGCGUGGGAAGCUGGCAGGCUUCCCAUGUGGCACGGGCAGCAAAGGCAUGCCAGAAGAGGCUGCUGUCUCCUCCUUUCCGGCCUGGUCAGGAUCUGGCACUGAAGAGGAUUGCUAUAAACUUUGUUAAAACCAGCAGAACAGGGGCCUUCGUGGUGGCACUAGUGGGGACCCAUGGGCUGAGAGCAUAUGAUGGCUUAUCCCUUCCCGAAGAUGCAGAGACAGUCUCAGCGGGUCGAGCCGGCUGGAACUAUUCUGACCCUUCAGAUGAUGAGGACUUGCUUGCAGAUGAGGCAGAAGCCUCUGGAGAUGAACUGGGCAGCGGGGAUGUGGGCAGCGGGGACUUGCAGCUGGUUUAUUUCCGGGCCUUGGUAAAUUUCACACACUCCAUCCACUACAGCCCUCGGCUGGAAGAUGCCACCUCCCAGGAGUUCCUAGAGGUGUCGGAGGCUGUAGUAGACCAGCUGGAGUCGGAGUACCUGAAGAUUCCUGGAGACCAGGUCGUCAACGUGGUGUUCAUCAAGGAACUGGAUGGCUGGAUCUUUUUGGAGCUGGAUGUGGGCUCUGAAGGGAACUCAGAUGGGGCUCAGAUCCAGGAGGUGCUUCAGACACUUGUCUCCAGAGGUUCCAUCGCUUCCUACACCACCUCUCUUCAAGGAUUCCAGUUCCGACGCCUGGGCUCAGUGCCCCAGUACCCGAGAGUCUGCACUGAGGCUGAGUUUGCCUGCCGCAGCCACAAUGAAUGUGUGGCUCUGGAGUACCGCUGUGACCGUAGGCCUGACUGCAGGGACAUGUCUGACGAGCUUGAUUGUGAGGAGCCAACCCUAGAGCUCAGCCCCACACCACCCCUUCUUGUGGCAACAUCACUGCUGCCCCCCCAGCCAGAAACAACCUCUACACCAUGGGUGUCCGUCAGCCCCACUCCGCAGCAUCUGUUCCCAGGGUCUUUUGUGCCUCUGCCAUGUGGGGCCCAUGAGGCUGCCUGCCACAGUGGACACUGCAUCCCCAAGGAUUACGUGUGUGAUGGGCAGGAAGAUUGCAGAGAUGGCAGCGACGAGCUGGACUGCGGCCCCUCUCCACCCUGUGAGCCCAACGAGUUCGCCUGUGGCAAUGGGCAUUGUGCCCUCAAGCUGUGGCACUGUGAUGGUGACUUUGACUGUGACGACCACACCGACGAGGCUGAUUGCCCUGCCAAGCGCCCGGAGGAUGUGUGUGGGCCCACACAGUUCCGCUGCGUGUCUACCAGCACGUGCAUCCCAGCCAGCUUCCACUGUGAUGAGGAAAGUGACUGUCCGGACCGCAGUGAUGAGAUUGGCUGCAUGCCACCGCAGGUGGUGACCCCUCCACAGGAGUCCAUUCAGGUUUCCCGGGGCCAGACAGUGACCUUCACCUGUGUGGCCAUUGGUGUCCCCACCCCCAUCAUCAACUGGCGACUCAACUGGGGUCACAUCCCCUUACACCCCAGGGUGACGGUGACCAGUGAGGGAGGCCGUGGCACUCUGACCAUCCGGGACGUGAAGGAGUCUGACCAGGGAGCCUACACCUGUGAGGCCAUGAAUGCUCGCGGCAUGGUGUUUGGCAUUCCUGAUGGGGUGCUGGAGCUCAUUCCUCAGAGAGGGCCCUGCCCCGAUGGGCAUUUCUACCUGGAGGACAGUGCCUCCUGCCUGCCCUGCUUUUGCUUCGGUGUCACCAACCUGUGCCAGAGCAGCCGCCGCUUCCGAGAACAGAUCCGGCUGCGCUUUGAUCAGCCUGAUGACUUCAAGGGCGUGAAUGUGACGAUGCCCAUGCAGUCCGGCACGCCCCCGCUCUCCUCCACCCAGCUGCAGAUUGACCCUGUCAGGCAGGAGUUCCAGCUGGUCGACCUAUCCCGCCGAUUCCUGGUCCAUGACUCCUUCUGGGCUCUACCUGAGCAAUUCCUGGGCAAUAAGGUGGACUCCUAUGGUGGCUUCCUGCACUAUAAGGUGCGCUAUGAGUUGGCACGUGGUGCCCUGGAACCAGUGCAGCGGCCAGAUGUGGUACUCGUGGGUGCUGGCCAUCGCCUUCUCUCCCGUGGCCACACACCCACUCAGCCCGGCACUCUGAACCAGCGCCAGGUCCAGUUCUCUGAGGAGCACUGGGUACAUGAGUCCAACCGGCCAGUGCAGCGGGCAGAGAUGAUGCAGGUACUGCAGCGCCUGGAGGCAGUGCUCAUCCAGACUGUGUACAAUGCUAAGAUGGCCAGUGUGGGACUGAGUGACAUUGCCAUGGACACCACCGUCACCUAUGCCACCAGCCAUGGCCGUGCCCACAGCGUGGAGGAAUGCAGAUGCCCCAUUGGCUAUUCAGGCCUAUCUUGUGAGAGCUGUGAUGCCCACUUCACCCGGGUGCCUGGAGGGCCCUAUCUGGGUACCUGCUCUGGCUGUAACUGCCAUGGGCAUGCUAGUUCCUGUGACCCUGUGUAUGGCCACUGCCUGAACUGCCAGCACAACACCGAGGGACCACAGUGCAACAAAUGCAAGGCUGGCUUCUUCGGGGACGCCACUAAGGCCACAGCCACUGCCUGCCGGCCCUGCCCUUGCCCCUACAUCGAUGCCUCCCGCAGGUUCUCAGACACCUGCUUCCUGGACACAGAUGGCCAAGCCACCUGUGAUGCAUGUGCUCCCGGCUACACAGGCCGCCGCUGUGAAAGCUGUGCCCCUGGCUAUGAGGGCAACCCUAUCCAACCAGAUGGCAAGUGCAAGCCCAGCAACCAGGAGAUUGUUCGCUGUGACGAGCGAGGCAGCACAGGGACACCUGGGCAGGCCUGCCGCUGUAAGAACAACGUUGUGGGACGCCUGUGCAAUGAGUGUGCCGCCGGCUCCUUCCACCUGAGCACUCACAACCCGGAUGGCUGCCUCAAGUGCUUCUGCAUGGGUGUUAGCCGCCAGUGCACCAGUUCCUCCUGGAGCCGUGCCCAGGUGCUUGGGGCCUCGGAGCAGCCCACUGAGUUCAGCCUGACCAACACCGCCGGCACUCACAGCACCAGCGAGGGUAUCUCAUCCCCUGUGCAGGGAGAGUUAGUCUUCUCCUCCUUCCAUGCCCUCUGGCCCGAAUCCUACUUCUGGAGUCUCCCUUCACGUUUCCGGGGAGACAAGGUGACCUCCUAUGGAGGGGAGCUGCGCUUCACGGUGACGCAGCGCCCCCAGCGUGGCUCUGCAACCCUGCCCAAACAGCCGCUGGUGGUCCUGCAGGGCAAUGGCAUAGUCCUGGAGCACCGCACUUCCAAGGAGCCCAUUCCUGGCCAGCCCAGCACUUUCGCCGUGCCCUUCCGGGAGCAAGCAUGGCAGCGGCCUGAUGGACAGCCAGCCACAAGGGAGCACCUGCUGAUGGCACUGGCAGGCAUCGACAGCCUCCUGAUCCAGGCUUCCUUUACCCAGAAGCCAGCUGAGACCAGGAUCUCUGGCAUCAGCAUGGAUGUGGCCGUUCCAGAGGACACGGGCCAGGACCCCGCGCUGGAGGUGGAACAGUGUGACUGUCCAUCUGGGUACCGUGGCCCCUCCUGCCAGGACUGUGACACAGGAUACACGCGCAUGCCUAGCGGCCUCUACCUGGGCACCUGCGAACGCUGUGGUUGCCAUGGUCACGCCGACACCUGUGAGCCUGAGACUGGUGCCUGCCAGGGCUGCCAACACCACACAGAGGGCCCUCGGUGUGAACAGUGUCAACCUGGGUACUACGGGGACGCCCAGCGGGGGACGCCACAGGACUGCCAGCCAUGUCCGUGUUAUGGAACCCCUGCCACUGGCCAGGCCACGCAUACUUGCUUCUUGGAUACCGAUGGCUAUGCCACCUGUGAUGCCUGCUCCCCUGGCCAUAGUGGACGUCACUGUGAGAGAUGUGCACCCGGAUACUACGGCAACCCCAGCCAGGGCCAGCCAUGCAGGAGAGAUUCUGGGCAGUUGCCACAGCCCAUCGAGUGUAGCUGCGACCCCCGGGGCAGUACCAGUAGCCACUGUGACCCUGCUGGCCAGUGCCAGUGCAAGGCCCAGGUGGAGGGCCUCAACUGCAAUCACUGUCGGCCCCACCAUUUCCACUUGAGUGCCAGCAACUCAGAGGGUUGCCUACCCUGCUUCUGCAUGGGAGUCACCCAGCAGUGCACCAGCUCCUCCUACAGCCGCCACCUGAUCUCUACCCACUUUGCUCCUGGAGACUUCCAAGGCUUUUCUCUAGUGAACCCACAGCGGAGCAGCCGCGUGACCGAGGGCUUCAGCGUUCAGCCUACACCCGAGGGGGCCCAGCUCUCUUUCAACAACUUUGCCCAGCUUGGCCAUGAGUCCUUCUACUGGCAGCUGCCGGAGACAUACCAAGGAGACAAGGUGGGGGCCUAUGGCGGAAAGCUGCGAUAUACCCUUUCCUACAGAGCCGGGCCCCAGGGCAGUCCCCUCUCUGACCCGGACGUCCAGAUCACGGGCAACAACAUCAUGCUCGUGGCAUCUCAGCCAGCACUGCAGGGCCCAGAGAAGAAGAGCUACGAGAUCGCAUUCCGCGAGGAAUUCUGGCGCCGGACCGACGGGCAGCCAGCCACGAGGGAGCACCUGCUGAUGGCGCUGGCCGACCUGGAUGAGCUCCUGGUGCGGGCCACGUUCUCCUCGGUGCCAUUGCAGGCCAGCAUUAGCGGAGUCAGCCUGGAGGUGGCUCAGCCUGGGCCACUGGUGGGAGCCCAGGCGCUGGAGGUGGAGCAGUGUCGGUGCCCCCCAGGCUACGAGGGCCUGUCCUGCCAGGACUGUGCCCCAGGCUACACACGCACUGGGAGUGGACUCUACCUCGGCCACUGUGAGCUGUGUGAAUGCAAUGGCCACUCAGACCUGUGCCACCCAGAGACGGGGGCCUGCUCGCAAUGCCUUCACAGUGCCACUGGGGAGUUCUGUGAACAGUGUGCUCCCGGCUACUAUGGCGAUGCCACCGCUGGAACACCAGAGGACUGCCAGCCCUGUGCCUGCCCACUCACCAACCCAGAGAACAUGUUCUCCCGGACGUGUGAGAGCCUGGGCACCGGUGGAUACCGCUGCACAGCUUGCGAGGCUGGCUACACUGGCCAGUACUGUGAGCAGUGUGCCCCUGGCUAUGUGGGCAACCCCAAUGUCCGGGGUGGCCGGUGUGUGCCACAGGCUGGCCAAGCCUUGCUAGUAGUCCAGAUCCAUCCUGCUCGGAGCAUUGUGACCCAAGGUGGUUCCCACACUCUGCGCUGCCAGGUGACUGGGAACCUGCCCCACUACUUCUACUGGUCCCGUGAGGACGGGCGGCCCCUAUCCAGCAGAACACAGCAGCGCCAUCAAGGUGCUGAGCUUCAUUUUCCCAGCAUCCAGCCAUCAGAUGCCGGAGUCUACAUUUGUACCUGCCGUAACCUCCAGCAUGCCAACACCAGCCGGGCAGAGCUGCUGGUCACUGAGGCUCCCAGCAAGCCCAUCACUGUGACAGUGGAGGGACAGCAGAGCCAGAGUGUGCAACCUGGAGUCGACGUCACCUUCAUCUGCACAGCCAAGAGCAAGUCCCCUGCCUACACCCUGGUGUGGACCCGUCAGCACAAUGGGAGGUUGCCCUCUCGUGCCAUGGAUUUCAACGGCAUCCUGACCAUCCGCAACGUACAACCCACUGAUGCAGGCACCUAUGUGUGCACCGGCUCCAACAUGUUUGCCAUGGACCAGGGCACAGCCACGCUGCAUGUGCAAGCCUCCGGUCACCCCUCUUCCCCCGGCCUGCCCAGCUCUGCCAUCUCCAUCCACCCGCCACAGCUCACAGUGCAGCCUGGACAGACAGCCGAGUUCCGCUGCAGUGCUCAUGGGAACCCAGCGGCCAACCUGCAGUGGUCAGGGCCUAGAGGCCAGCUCCCACAGAAGGCACGAGUCCAUGGUGGCAUCCUCCUCCUGCCAGCUGUGGAGCCUUCAGAUCAGGGCCAGUACCUGUGUCAGCUCCAUGGCAGCUCCGGGCAGCACGCAGCCAGGGCUAUGCUCCAUGUGCAAGGGGGCAAUGGGCCAAGAGUCCAGGUGAGCCCAGAGAGGACCCAAGUCCAUGAAGGUCGCACGGUUAGACUGUACUGCAGGGCUGCUGGUGUGCCCAGUGCUACCAUCACCUGGAGAAAGGAAGGAGGAAGCCUCCCUCCACAGGCACGGUCUGAGCGCACAGACAUCGCCACACUGCUUAUCCCUGCCAUCACCACCAGUGAUUCUGGCUUCUACCUCUGCGUGGCCACUAGCCCCACAGGCACCGCCCAGGCCAGAAUACAAGUGGUGGUCCUUCCAGCCUCAGGAGCCAGCACCCCUCCAGUACGGAUUGAGUCCUCGUCACCUGCAGUGGCAGAAGGACAGACACUGGACCUCAGCUGUGUGGUAACAGGGCUGACUCAGAUCGAGAUCUCAUGGUACAAGCGAGGGGGCAACCUGCCUCCCCACACGCAGGUCCAUGGUGCCCGGCUACGGCUCCCCCAGGUGUCAGCAGCAGAUUCUGGAGAAUAUGUGUGCCGAGUGGAGACGGCAUCAGGACCCAAGGAAGCCUCCAUCGUCAUCUCUGUUCCCCAUGAUCCCCAGUCAGGCUCUAGCUCCAGGCCAGGUCAAGAGUCAGUUCCUGCUGGAGCCCCAGCUCCUGGCAGCUCUCCACCCAUCCGCAUCGAGUCCUCCUCCUCCCACGUGGCUGAAGGGCAGACCCUGGAUCUGAACUGUGUGGUGCCUGGGCAGGCCCAUGCCCAGGUCACGUGGCACAGGCGUGGGGGCAGCCUCCCUGUCCGACACCAGACUCACGGCUCCAUACUGCGGCUGUACCAGGUGUCCCCAGCUGACUCGGGCGAGUACAUGUGCCGUGUGGUCCUUGGCUCAGGGCCCCUGGAAGCUUCUGUCCUGGUCACCAUUGAGGCCUCUGGGUCCAGGCCUGGGUCCAGGCCUGGGUCUAUCCCUGCCCCUGGACCCGCCACACCAGUCAGAAUUGAGUCCUCCUCCCCUACUGUGGCUGAGGGGCACACCCUGGACCUCCACUGUGUGGUGGCUGGGCAAACCCAUGCCCAGGUCACGUGGUAUAGGCGUGGAGGCAGUCUCCCUGCCCGGCACCAGGUUCGAGGCUCCCGCCUGUACAUCUUCCAAGCAUCCCCUGCAGAUGCGGGCGAGUAUGUGUGCCGGGCCAGCGAUGGCAUGGAGGCCUCCAUCACUGUCACUGUCACCAGAUCCCAGGGUGCCAACUUUGCUUAUUCUCCUGGUAGCAACCAGCCCAUCCGAAUUGAGUCCUCCUCCUCCCAUGUUGCUGAAGGACAGACCCUGGAUCUCAACUGCGUGGUGCCUGGGCAGGCCCAUGUCCAGGUCACAUGGCACAGGCGUGGGGGCAGCCUCCCUGCUCGUCACCAGACCCACGGCUCCCUGCUGAGACUCAACCAGGUGACGCCAGCUGACUCUGGCCAGUAUGUGUGCCAAGUGGUGGGUGGCUCAGUGCCUCUGGAGGCCACUGUCCUUGUCACCAUUGAGCCUGCAAGCUCAGUGCCAGCGCUGGGAGUAACCCCCCCAGUCCGGAUCGAGUCUUCCUCCUCACACUUGACCGAAGGGCAGACCCUGGACCUCAACUGCCUGGUGUCUGGCCAGGCUCAUGCCCAGGUCACAUGGCACAAACGCAGGGGCAGCCUCCCUGCCCAGCACCAGGUACAUGGCUCCAUGCUACGGCUCCCCCACCUGACCUCAGCUGACUCCGGGGAGUAUGUGUGUCGUGUGGUCAGCAGCUCGGGCACACAAGAAACUUCAGUCCUCAUCACUGUCCAGCCCCGCAUGGACUCCUCCCAGACCCAGAGUGUGGUGUACCCUGUCCGCAUUGAGUCCUCCUCAGCCUCCUUGGCCAGUGGCCAUACCCUGGACCUCAACUGCCUGGUGGCCAGUCAUGCCCCCCACACUAUCACCUGGUAUAAGCGUGGUGGCUCCCUACCCAGCCGGCACCAGAUCGUGGGCUCGAGGCUGAGGAUCCCCCAGGUGACGCCGGCAGACUCUGGCGAGUACGUGUGUCAUGUCAGCAAUGGGGCUGGCUCCCAAGAAACCUCCCUCAUCGUCACCAUCCAGGGAAGUGGCUCUGCCCAAGUGCCCAGCAUCUCCCCACCCAUCAGGAUCGAGUCCUCAUCCUCCACUGUGGUCGAAGGGCAGAGUUUGGAGCUGAACUGCGUAGUUGCUGGGCAGCCUCAAGCCACUAUCACGUGGUACAAGCGUGGUGGCAGCCUUCCCGCCCACCACCAGAUCCACGGCUCCCGCCUGCGACUACACCAGAUGUCCACGGCUGACUCCGGAGAAUAUGUGUGCCGUGCUAACAACAACAUCGAUGCCCAGGAGACCUCCCUCAUGGUGACAGUCUCACCCAGUGCUGGCAGACCCUCUAUGCCUGGCAGUGGCCCCCCCAUCAGAAUCGAGUCCUCAUCGUCACAUGUGGCCGAAGGGCAGACCUUGGAUCUCAGAUGUGUGGUUGCUGGACAAGCCCAUGCCCAGGUCACAUGGCACAAGCGUGGGGGCAACCUCCCCACUCACCACCAGGCCCAUGGCUCAGUGCUGCGGUUGUACCAGGUAUCCCCAGCCGACUCGGGCGAAUAUGUGUGCCGAGUGGUGAGCAGCUCUGGGUCCCUGGAGGCCUCUGUCCUGGUUACCAUUGAGGCUGCUGAUCCUGCCCCUGACACUGGCAGAAUCCCUCCCAUCCGCAUCGAGACCUCCUCCUCCCAUGUGGCUGAAGGGCAGACCCUGGAUCUGAACUGCGUGGUGCCCGGGCAGGCCCAUGCCCAGGUCACAUGGCACAGGCGUGGAGGCAGUCUCCCUGCUCACCACCAGACCCACGGUUCCCUGCUGAGGCUGAACCGGGUGUCCCCGGCUGACUCCGGAGAGUACUCGUGCAGUGUGACAGGCAGCUCAGGCACCCUGGAGGCUUCUGUCCUGGUGACAAUUGAGGCUGCCAGCCCGAGUCCUAUUCCUGCCCCAGGACUGAGCCAGCCCAUCUACAUCGAGGCUGCCUCCUCCCACGUGGCCGAAGGACAGACCCUGGACCUCAACUGUGUGGUGCCUGGGCAGGCCAAUGCCCAGGUCACAUGGCACAGGCGCGGGGGCAGCCUCCCUGCCCGGCACCAGACCCACGGCACCCGGCUGCGCAUCCACCAGGUCUCCCCCGGCGAUUCGGGCGAGUAUUUGUGCCGCGUGGCUGGCAGCUCAGGCCCCGAGCAGGAGGCCUCCUUCACAGUCACCAUCCCACCCAGCGCGGGCUCCUCCUACCGCCUCCGGAGCCCUGUCAUCUCCAUUGACCCACCCAGCAGCACGGUGCAGCAGGGCCAGGACACAAGCUUCAAGUGCCUCAUCCAUGAGGGGGCGGCACCCAUCAGCAUUGAGUGGAAGGCUCGGAACCAGGAGUUGGAGGACAAUGUCCACAUCAGCCCCAAUGGCUCUGUCAUCACCAUCGUGGGUGCGCGGCCCAGCAACCAUGGGACGUACCGCUGUGUGGCCUCCAAUGCCUAUGGCGUGGCUCAGAGCGUCGUGAGCCUCAGUGUUCAUGGACCCCCUGUGGUGUCAGUGCUUCCUGAGGGCCCUGUGCGGCUGAGAGCAGGAAAGACAAUCGCCCUGGAAUGUGCCAGUGCUGGAGAGCCCCGCUCCUCCCCCCGCUGGGCCAGAAUUGGCGCCUCUGGAAACCUAGAGCCGAAGACUUAUGGGCAUUCCAUGGACAGUCGCGCAGUGCUACAGAUCACUUCAGCUAAGCCCUCAGAUGCAGGCACCUAUGUGUGCCUUGCACAGAACACACUGGGCAUGGCACAGAAGCAGGUAGAGGUGAUCGUGGACUCGGGUGCUGUGUCCCCAGGGGCUCCGCAGGUCCAGGUGGAAGAAGUUGAGCUGACGGUGGAGGCUGGGCACACAGCCACCUUGCGCUGUUCAGCCACAGGCAGCCCCAUGCCCACCAUCCAUUGGUCCAAACUGCGCGCUCCACUGCCCUGGCAGCACCGGCUGGAAGGGAACACAUUGAUCAUCCCUCAGGUGGCCCAGCAGGACUCAGGACAGUACAUCUGCAAUGCCACUAGCCCCACAGGACAUGCCGAAGCCACCAUUGCCCUACACGUGGAAAGCCCUCCAUAUGCCACCACCAUCCCAGAGCACACAUCAGUACGGGUUGGAGAAAGUGUUCAGCUCCAGUGCCUGGCGCACGGGACGCCCCCACUGACUUUCCAAUGGAGCCGUGUAGGCAGCAGCCUGCCCCCAAGGGCCACCACCAGGAAUGAUGUGCUGCACCUGGGGCCAGUAGGUCUUGAAGAUGCCGGCCGCUACCGAUGCCAGGUCACCAACAGGGUGGGCUCUGCUGAGGCCUUCGCCCAGGUAGUCGUCCAAGGUUCCUCUAGUUCCCACCCAGUGGGGUCCACACCCACGAUUCAGGUCAUACCACAGCAAGAGACCAGGAGCAUCGGGGCCAGCGUCGAAUUCCACUGUGCUGUGCCCAGUGAUCCGGGCACCCAGCUCCGCUGGAUCAAAGAGGAGGGUCAACUGCCGCCAGGCCAUAGCGUGCAGGAUGGUGUUCUCAGAAUCCAGAAUCUGGACCUGAGCUGCCAAGGGACAUAUAUUUGCCAGGCCUCUGGCCCAUGGGGACAGGCCCAAGCCAGCGCCCAGUUGAUUGUUCAAGCCCUGCCCGCCGUACUUAUCAAUAUCCGGACUUCGGUCCACACUGUGGUGGUCGGCCAUGCUGUGGAGUUCGAGUGCCUGGCUCUGGGUGAUCCCAAGCCUCAGGUGACAUGGAGCAAAGUCGGAGGGAGCCUGCGGCCUGGCAUUGUGCAGAGCGGAGGCAUCAUCAGGAUUGCCCACGUGGAGCUGGCUGAUGCCGGGCGCUACCGCUGUACCGCCUCAAACUCAGCCGGUGCCACCCAGUCCCAUGUGCUGCUGCUGGUGCAAGCCUUGCCCCUGAUCUCCACACCCCCCGAGGUUCGUGUGCCUGCUGGUUCUGCUGCUGUCUUCCCCUGCAUGGCCUCUGGCUACCCCACACCUGUCAUCACCUGGAGCAAGCUGGAUGGUGACCUGCCCCCUGGCAGCCGCCUGGAGAACAACAUGCUGCUGCUGCCCUCAGUCCGGCCCCAGGAUGCAGGCACCUAUGUCUGCACUGCCACCAACCAUCAGGGCAAGGUCAAAGCCUUUGCUCACUUACAGGUGCCAGAGCGGGUAGUGCCCUACUUCACACAGACUCCCCGCUCCUUCCUGACACUACCCACCAUCAAGGAUGCCUACCGGAAGUUUGAAAUCAAGAUCACCUUCCGGCCCGACUCUGCCGAUGGGAUGCUGUUGUACAAUGGGCAGAAGCGAAUCCCCGGGAGCAGCAUGGCCAACAGGCAGCCUGACUUCAUCUCUUUUGGCCUUGUGGGUGGAAGGCCUGAGUUCCGAUUUGAUGCCGGUUCAGGCAUGGCCACCAUCCGCCACCCAAUCCCGCUGGCUCUGGGUCAGUUCCACACGGUGACACUACUACGGAGCCUCACACAGGGCUCCCUGAUUGUGGGCAGCCUAGCCCCUGUCAAUGGGACUUCCCAGGGCAAGUUCCAGGGCCUGGACCUGAAUGACCAGCUCUAUCUUGGGGGACAUCCUGACUACAGUGCCAUCCCCAAGGCAGGACUGAGCAGCGGCUUCGUGGGCUGUGUCCGGGAGCUGCGCAUCCAAGACGAGGAGAUCGUUUUCCAUGACCUCAACCUGACGGCACAUGGCAUCUCCCACUGCCCCACCUGCCGGGACCAGCCCUGCCAGAAUGGGGGUCAGUGCCAGGACUCUGAGAGCAGCAGUUAUGUGUGCAUCUGCCGGCCUGGCUUCACAGGGAGCCGUUGUGAGCACUCCCAGGCUCUGCACUGUCACCCAGAGGCCUGUGGACCCGAAGCCACCUGUGUGAAUCGGCCCGAUGGCCGAGGCUACACCUGCCGCUGCCACUUGGGCCGCUCAGGCAUGAAGUGUGAGGAAGGUGUGACAGUGACUACCCCAUCCAUGUCCGGCACCGGCUCUUACCUGACAAUGCCCGCCCUCACCAACACACAUCACGAGCUGCGCCUGGAUGUGGAGUUCAAGCCGCUGGCACCUAAUGGCCUCUUGCUCUUCAGUGGGGGCAAGAGUGGGCCCGUGGAGGACUUUGUGUCACUGGCCAUGGUCGGCGGCCACCUGGAGUUUCGCUAUGAGCUGGGGUCAGGGUUGGCUGUCCUCCGGAGCCCCGAGCCACUGGCCCUGGGCCGCUGGCACCGAGCAUCUGCAGAACGACUCAACAAAGAUGGCAGCCUGCGGGUGAAUGGCGGGCAUCCUGUGCUGCGCUCCUCGCCGGGCAAGAGCCUGGGACUCAACCUGCAUACUCUCCUCUACCUCGGCGGAGUAGAGCCCUCUGUGCCCCUGCCCCCUGCUACCAACAUCAGCGCCCACUUCCAAGGUUGCUUGGGGGAGGUGUCUGUGAAUGGGAAGCGCCUGGACCUCACCUACAGCUUCCUGGGCAGUCGGGGCAUCGGUCAGUGCUAUGGCAGUUCCCCAUGCGAGCGCCAGCCUUGCCAGCAUGGCGGCACAUGCAUGCCAACCGGCGAGUAUGAGUUCCAGUGCCUGUGCCAGGAUGGAUUCAAAGGAGACCUCUGUGAGCAUGAAGAGAACCCCUGCCUCCUCCCUGCACCCUGUCUACACGGGGGCACCUGCCACGGCACCCGCUGCCUCUGUCCCCCUGGCUUCUCAGGCCUACGAUGCCAGCAGGGCCCUCGGCACGGCACAGCAGAGACCGACUGGCAUCUGGAAGGCAGUGGAGGCAAUGAUGCCCCUGGGCAGUAUGCAGCCUACUUCCACGAGGAAGGUUUCCUGGCCCUCCCCAGCAGUGUCCUGUCCCGCAGCCUACCUGAGGUGCCAGAGACGAUAGAGCUGGAGGUUCGGAGCAGCACCCCCACGGGCCUCCUGCUCUGGCAGGGCGUGGAGGUGGGCGAGGCCGGCCAAGGCCAGGAUUUCAUCUCUCUUGGCCUUAAGGACGGGCAUCUGGUCUUCAGCUACCAGCUAGGCAGCGGAGAGGCGCACCUGGUUUCGGAGGAUCCCAUCAAUGACGGCGAGUGGCAUCGAGUGACGGCACUGCGAAAGGGCCGCACAGGCUCCAUCCAGGUAGACGGUGAGGAGUUGGUCACCGGCCAAUCUCCAGGCCCUCACGUGGCGGUCAACACCAAAGGCAGCUUUUACAUCGGUGGAGCCCCUGAUGUGGCCAAGCUGACAGGGGGCAGAUUCUCCUCAGGCAUCACGGGCUGCAUCAAGAACCUGGUGCUGCAUUGUGCCCGGCCCGGUGGCCCACCGCCUCAGCCCCUGGAUCUGCAACAUAGUGCCCGGGCAGGUGCUAACACCGGCCCUUGCCCCUCAUAGGCACUGCCACUCUGUGUGGACUCCCGGGCAGUGCCCAGGUCCUGUGACAUCGAGUAUAUUAUUAUUAAUAUUAUUGUCAUGAAUAUUUUGUAAGAAACUGAGGUGAUGCCAUGCUUUGCUGCUACUGCCCUGGGCUGGACUGGAGGGGCCUCUUAAAAGCCCCCAGGCAUAGCCACAGGCUGGUGGGCAGGGCAGCUGGACAGAAACAAUGCCUCAGUAGGCCACUCAGGACUUGGGGUUGGGUACUGCGUCCAAAUGGUCUCAGACAGAGUGGGACCCCCACCCCGUGGAACUACCCUCCACAUACACAGAAGUGCUGGGCAGCCCUGGAGCCUCUAAGAGUCACCCUUUGCUCCCAGCUGGGGCCUCCCUCACUCUGGAGCAGGCCAGCGUGCUCUGCGCCUCCUUUGGGACAGCUGUGUAGUGACAGACAGACACAGUGCCAGCUUGCAAGCAGCAGUCCCUACCCCAGCUGUGUCCUGGCCUCCUCCACCUCCCCAGCCGGCAGCAUCAACCACCCCCGGCAGCCUCCUCAUCCCACCAAACCAUCCUGGUGUGCACUGCCACCCCCCAGCCCAAACCCUCACAUGCCCAGAGCGCCUGCCUCAGGGCUGCAAAGGAAAUCCCUCCACCUUUUACCAGGAACUGCUACAGACAGAGCCCACACUGGGCCUUGUCCCCCCACUGAUCUGGAAGUGAAGGCCCAGGGGAUAGGGGGGCAGGUGCCGGUGAUGGUAGAAAGUGCCUUGAAUGGGGAAUGCCAGCCCAGACUUGGGACUAGGAGGGAUGUAGUGGGGGGCACAGGAGCCCUGCUCCAUCCCUGGGAGCCCGAUGGCCCAACUGGAGAUGGCACCCCUGCUCCAGUAGCCCCCAGUCUAGGGGCUCAGGACCCCUUGCCCCGUCUGCUCAAAGGGACCCUCCUAUGGUCUUUGUCUUGAUCUUUCUUAAUAAACGGUGCUAUCCCCGCC